GCGAAAGAGAACCUCUCUCUCUCUCUCUCUCUCUCUCUCUCUCCAACAAAGAGCCAUGGCUCCUCACUUCUUCUUCCCGCACACCCUCAGAGCACUAGAAGAAGAGCACGAAGACGGCCGCCUCUACACCCAAAAUCCUGUCGACACAGCUUCGCUUCAUCCCUCCGAACUCGAAGAGUUCGUCAAAGGUGUAUCCUUUGAUCUUUCUGACAAGGAGCUCUUUUGCAUUGAAGACCAAGAUGUCUUUGAUCGUGUGUAUUCAUUGAUUCGUGGUUAUUCUAGUCUUUCUCCAUCCUGUAAAUUCAAUCUAGUGGAGAGUCUUCGAUCCAAUUUUAGCGUUCUUCUUCCAAAUGUUGAUUCACUCACGCGGGUUUCUCAAAGUCAGGAUGAUGAACAUCCGGUGGUUGACCGGGUUGCUUCACAUCGUAAUGCUUUUAAAAUAUACACAUUCUUCCUCAUCAAUAUUGUUCUCGCUGAGGAGUCAAACAUUGUUUCCAAUAAUAAUACCAAGGUAACUGCAGUCACAAGGAAUAAACGGCUUGUGAACUCAUGGAGCUGGGAGCCUCAAAGGAGUCGGAUACUCAAUUUGAUUGCUAAUUCACUAGAGAUCAACCUCGUCUUGCUCUUUGGUUCAUCAGACCCAGAUGAAAAUUACCUGUCUUUCAUUGUGAAAAAAACAUUCUCUAUGUUUGAGAAUGCAAUUCUGUUGAAAGAUUUAGACGCAAAAGAUGCCCUAUGUCGUAUAGUUGGAGCAUGCGCUACAAAAUACCACUACAUGGCACAGUCUUGUGCUUCUAUCAUGCACCUAAUUCACAAGUAUGAUUUUGUUGUUACCCACAUGGCUGAUGCGGUUGCUGGUACUGAGAAGAAGUAUGCCGAUGGAAGCCUGGCCAGCUCCAUUAUCAGAGAAAUUGGGCGAACUAACCCCAAAGACUAUGUGAAAGACACUGCCGGGGCUGAGAAUAUUGGCCGUUUUUUGGUAGAGCUUACUGACCGGCUGCCAAAGUUGAUUUCGACCAACAUAGGACUUCUUGUCCCGCACUUUGGUGGGGAAUCUUAUAAGAUACGUAAUGCACUUGUUGGGGUUCUAGGAAAGUUGGUUGCAAAGGCAUUCAAGGAUGUUGAGGGUGAAGUGAGUUCUAAAUCUGUUCGUCUCCGAACCAAGCAAGCCAUGUUGGAAAUUUUGCUCGAACGUUGUCGAGAUGUUUCGGCUUAUACUAGGAGCCGAGUUCUUCAGGUUUGGGCUGAGUUAUGUGAAGAGCAUGCUGUUUCAAUCGGUAUGUGGAAUGAGGUUGCAGAAGUUGCUGCUGGAAGGUUGGAGGAUAAGAGUGCAAUUGUAAGAAAAUCUGCAUUGAAUUUACUUAUCACGAUGUUGCAGCAUAAUCCAUUUGGUCCACAACUUCGAAUAGCUUCAUUCGAAGCAACGCUUGAGCAGUAUAAGAAGAAGCUGAAUGAACUUGAACCGGAUGUGCCCUCAGAAAGUGUUGCAGAUGGUCUACCCUCUGACAAUGAUAAUUGUAAUGAAAAUGGUGAAAUUCAUAAUAUAGAUACUCAAGUGCUAGAGCAGCAAGAGAGUUUGACUGAUAGUUGUUUGACUCAUGUGGAAGAAAGGAUUGCUCAGAAGGGUAGUCCCGUGCCAGAUGUUGGGAACUUGGAGCAGACUAGGGCCUUGGUUGCAUCACUUGAGGCAGGCUUGAGGUUUUCUAAGUGCGUAUCUGCCACAAUGCCAACACUUGUUCAAUUGAUGGCUUCAUCUUCUGCCUCUGAUGUUGAGAACACAAUACUCUUGCUGAUGAGGUGCAAACAGUUCCAGAUUGAUGGUUCAGAAGCCUGUCUCCGUAAGAUGUUGCCACUGGUGUUUUCUCAGGAUAAAUCCAUCUAUGAGGCUGUAGAGAAUGCCUUUGUUACAAUUUAUAUACGAAAAAACCCAGUGGAGACUGCUAAAAAUCUCUUGAGUCUUGCAAUAGAUUCGAAUAUAGGAGAUCUAGCAGCUUUGGAGUUUAUUAUUGCGGCCUUGGUGUCCAAAGGUGAUAUAUCUACUAGCAUGACAUCAGCGUUAUGGGAUUUCUUUUGCUUUAACGUUAAUGGAACCACUGCGGAGCAAAGUUGCGGUGCUUUAUCUGUCCUUUGUAUGGCAGCAAAAUCAUCCACUGGGGUUCUUAGCUCUCACUUACAGGACAUUAUUGAUAUCGGGUUUGGUCGUUGGGCUAAAGUGGAGCCGUUGCUUGCUAGAACCGCAUGCAUUGCUAUUCAAAGAUUGUCCGAAGAUGACCAGAAAAAGUUGCUGUUAAUUAAUGGCAGUCGAGUAUUUGGUAUUUUAGAAAGCUUAGUUAGCGGAUUUUGGCUGCCUGAAAACAUAUGGUAUGCUGCUGCUGAUGAAGCAAUAGCUGCCAUAUAUACAAUUCAUCCCAUUCCAGAAACAUUAGCUGCUGACCUGGUAAAAAAAUCUCUGAGUUAUGUGUUUGAUUGUAGUGGAGGGGAUGAGUUGCAGCAUGAAAUUGGCAGUAGUAGUGCCAGCAUACUUACGACAGUUCAAGUAGCCAAACUGAGCAGAUAUUUAUUUAUCGUAAGUCAUGUCGCCAUGAACCAAUUGGUAUAUAUCGAAUCUUGCGCUCGAAAGAUUCAGAAACAAAAAGUUGCAAAGGAAAAGGCAGAUAUUGAUAGUCACAAUACCAAUAGUAAGGGCGCAAUACCCCCUGAUUCACUGAAGGACAAUAGUAUCAAUGCUGAACUAGGUCUUGCCUCCUCGGAAGAAGCAAUUCUUGAUAAUCUUUCUGACAAAGCAGAAAAAGAAAUUAUCUCUGGUGGUUCCAGUGAGAAGAACUUGAUCGGACACUCUGCAUCUUUCCUGUCAAAGCUCUGUAGAAAUUUUAGUCUGAUGCAAAAGUAUCCUGAACUACAAGCUUCCGGAAUGCUAGCUUUAUGUCGAUUUAUGAUCAUUGAUGCAAAUUUUUGUGAUGCAAAUCUCCAGCUUCUCUUCACCGUUGUGGAGAGUUCAACGUCAGAAAUUGUUCGAUCCAACUGCACUAUUGCUCUGGGAGAUUUGGCAGUUCGGUUUCCUAAUCUAUUAGAACCUUGGACCGAGAACAUGUAUGCCCGGUUACGGGAUCCUUCACUUUCUGUUAGGAAGAACGCUGUUCUGGUGCUUUCGCACCUCAUAUUGAAUGACAUGAUGAAGGUAAAAGGAUAUAUAAAUGAAAUGGCAAUAAGGGUAGAAGAUGAAGAUGAACGCAUUUCAAGUCUGGCUAAACUUUUUUUCCACGAGUUGUCUAAGAAAGGAAACAACCCAAUUUACAAUUUACUUCCCGACAUACUUGGCAAAUUAUCCAAACAGAAUCUGAUAAGAGAAUCUUUUUGCAACGUCAUGCAGUUCUUAAUUGGUUCUAUCAAGAAGGACAAACAAAUGGAAUCACUUGUUGAAAAGCUUUGUAAUAGGUUUAGUGGAGUUACAGAUAUCACACAAUGGGAAUAUAUUUCUUACUGCCUCUCUCAGCUGGCAUUCACUGAAAAGGGAAUGAAAAAGCUUAUUGAGUCAUUCAAGAUAUAUGAACAUGCCCUAUUGGAGGAUUCUGUGAUGGACCAUUUCAGGAAUAUAAUAAACAAGGGCAAGAAGUUUGCAAAACCGGAGCUUAAAUUGUGCAUUGAGGAGUUUGAGGAUAAACUUAAUAAAUUCCACAUGGAAAAGAAGGAGCAAGAAGCAACUGCAAGAAAUGCUCAAAUUCAUCAACAGAAAGUCGGUGGUAUGGAAGGUUUUGCGGUAGCUGGGAAUAUUGGUGAAGAUAGUGCGGGAUCUGAUCCUGCUGAUGAUGAACCAGAGGGUGAAGUCUUUAAUCCAUCUACUGAAGGGAUGACCCUGCAUGUAAAUGGUUCUUCAAAUUCUGAAUUUAUGGAGUCAGAUGAAUAUUCUAACGCUUCCAGUGAGUUGAUAGAGUCGGAACCAGCAGAAACUGAAGUUCAAUCAGCAAAAGUUAAUAUAAGAGGGGCCUCUAAAUCCAAAGCUAAGAGAAACGGCACCAAAUAUCAAAAGAACAACGUUUCUGCUUCCGCUAAAAGAAGUAGCAAGUCUCCGAAAGAGUAAAUUUCUGGAGUUCUCUCUCUGUGUUUGGUUAAUCGAGGCAGAUACCCUCAAAAUGCUGGAACCUCUGAUUUUCUAUCUAGGGGACUGUAAAUUACACCAAAUACGUUGUGACUUAAAUCUUCUUUGCAUGAAGAGGGGUUUCCUCAUGAUCAAUGGGGUCUGUUUAGGUAAGUUACUUUUAAGUAAUCAAAGCAAACUUCGUGUACAGUUAACCAUAUGAAUUGGCAUUGAUACCAUGGAUUGUAAGCAAGCGUGUUAGAGUUGUGAAUAAAAUUAGCGAUAAGACUAUUUCUGUA